CGUAAAUACAAUUGAUUUUAACCUUAAUUUCGUUUUAAGUACUGAACUAGGCCCGGGAAAGCAAUAUAUGGCAAAUAAAUACGCCGUCUCAAUUUAAUUUUUUAAAAGCAUUUUCACCAAACGGUCUGUUUCCGAUCUUGAGGACCCUGUCAGUCAAAAAUACUGUCAUCAAGCUCGGUUGAGAUAGCGCAGCUUUUCCACGUCAGUGUGUUUACCAAGACGGACGGAUAGGUGGAUAGUUUUCCCACUUAGUGAACAUCGAAUGGUUACCUGCAUGGAAAAUAUACGCAGCCAUGCAUUGAAAUGUCCCCAGGGUGUACUUUGUCAAUUUGCGGCUGUGAAUUGAACGACGACUUCCUCUCCCAUCACUGUUAGCCGGCUAGGCUGCUAGCUUGCCAAGCUAGUUUGUCGCUACCUUCACCGGGAUUGCAUCUUUGAAGAAGCGGUCAACUCAGAAGUCAACAUGUUGGACAAAAGCAUCUACAUUGUCCAAGGGGACAUUACUUCUGUGGUUGGCGCGAUCAAGAGGAACUCUAGAUGGAACACCCAUACUCACUUGGAUGAAGAACAGGACCCCUUGUUGAACAGCUUUGGCCACCUGAAGGAAAUACUCUGCAACAUCAAAGAGCUGUCAGAUGUGGAACCCAAUGUCUUUCUAAGACCCUUCCUAGAGGUUGUGCGAUCCGAGGACACCACGGGACCAAUAACGGGUCUCGCCUUGACGUCUGUCAACAAGUUCCUGUCGUACGGCCUAAUAGACGCGGGCCAUGAAGGUGCAGCUGAGGCUAUAGAGAACAUGGCAGACGCCGUAACCCACGCCAGAUUUGUGGGAACAGACCCUGCGAGCGAUGAAGUGGUGCUGAUGAAAAUCCUCCAGGUGCUGAGGACUCUGCUGCUGACACCGGUCGGAGCCCAUCUAACAAAUGAGUCGGUUUGCGAGAUCAUGCAGUCCUGCUUCCGUAUCUGCUUUGAGAUGCGCUUAAGCGAGCUCCUCAGAAAAUCGGCUGAACACACCCUUGUUGAUAUGGUGCAGUUAUUGUUCUCCAGAUUACCCCAGUUUAAGGAGGAGGCCAAGAGUUAUGCUGGUGCCAACAUGAAGAAGUUGAAGAUGCGUGCGGGUGGAAUGAGCGAGUCGUCCAAGUGGAAAAAGCAGAAACGUUCGCCGAGGCCAACUCACCACAUGGUCCCGAGUUCCUCUGCUCAGCUGGAGCCUCCUCAGUCCGCCAACCUCUCUGGCGGCGUUGCCUUCAUGGAGCAGGGCGCUUCACUCCCAGCCUCAGACAGUGCCGGAUCAUCCAUCUCUAGUCCCUCGGCGACAGACAGCGGCCUGGACUCCUGCUCCAAAACUACGUCUCGGGAAGACCUCUCCGACCUGGAUCAGUGUAGCAAUGCGGAGACGCUCCUAGGCGCUGAACCUGGCUCUCCAAGCGCACAGACUGAGCGUAGAGCAGUUCAAUCAACGUCGGUGGAGUCCAUCCCAGAGGUUCUCGAGGAUAAAGAGUCCACGACAGAACCAUCAGAUAGCACCUCUGUCCAUGACAUGGACUAUGUCAACCCCCGAGGAGUCCGUUUCACACAGUCCACCCAAAGAGAUGGAGCAUCCCUCAUCCCUUACGGUCUGCCAUGUCUCAGGGAGCUCUUCCGCUUUUUAAUCUCGCUGACCAACCCCCACGACCGCCACAACACCGACGCCAUGAUGCACAUGGGUCUGCAGCUGCUCACCGUCGCGCUGGAGUCUGCCCACUUUGCCAACUACCAGUCCUUGCUGGGACUGGUCAAAGAUGAGCUGUGUCGGCAUCUUUUCCAGCUGCUGAAGGUGGAGCGCAUGAACCUCUACGCUUCGUCCAUACGAGUUUGCUUCUUGCUGUUUGAAAGCAUGAGAGUUCAUCUGAAGUUUCAACUGGAGAUGUAUCUUAAGAAACUGAUGGAUAUCAUCACAUCGGAGAAUGUGAAGAUGCCCUAUGAAAUGAAGGAACUGGCUCUGGAGGCUCUGGUUCAGCUGUGGAGGAUCCCCAGCUUUGUCACGGAGCUUUACAUCAACUACGACUGUGACUUCUACUGCUCCAAUCUGUUUGAAGACCUCACCAAGCUGCUGUCAAAGAAUGCCUUCCCGGUGUCGGGGCAGCUGUACACCACCCACCUCUUGUCACUGGAAGCUCUGUUGACUGUGAUUGACAGCACCGAGGCCCACUGCCAAGCCAAGGUGCUGGACAACGCUGCUCUACAAGAACCAGCACCAGAUAGCCUACCGAUGGUUGGGGAAGGUUCACUCACAAAUGGAACGGACGCUCCAGCCGACGUCAUUAAAGACAGCGUCACCAAUGGUUUGACUUUUCCACAAGCUGACGGCACUCCAGGCUACCCGCCAACGAGUGGACAUCUGAUGGCGGAAAAGAUGAGACUGCGCAGACAGGAUCAAGGAGACAAUGACACAAUUGAGAAGAAAAGUAAGAAAAAACCUCACAGGUUCUCCUCGUGUACACCUGAUUCCCAAGAGUUGCUGGACAUCAGAACAAAGAAGAAGCUGCUGAUCACAGGAACCGAGCAGUUCAACCUGAAGCCAAAGAAAGGAAUCCAGUUCCUUCAGGAGAAAGGCCUUCUCAGUAAUCCACUGGACAACAACCAGGUGGCCCAGUGGCUUCGAGAAAACCCCCGCUUAGACAAAAAGAUGAUAGGGGAAUACAUAAGCGAUCGCAAGAAUAUGGAGCUCCUGGACUGCUUUGUCAACACCUUCGCUUUUCAGGGGCUUCGCAUCGAUGAGGCACUGAGGCUUUACCUGGAGGCCUUCAGGUUACCUGGAGAGGCUCCGGUCAUCCAAAGGCUUCUGGAAACCUUCACCGACAACUGGCAUAAAGUGAACGGCUCUCCCUUCAUGACCAAUGAUGCGGGAUUUGCCUUGGCCUACGCUGUUAUCAUGUUGAACACUGACCAGCAUAACCAUAACGUCCGGAAGCAGAAUAUUCCCAUGACUGUGGAGCAAUUCAAGAAGAAUCUAAAGGGCGUGAAUGGAAACAAAGACUUCAACCAGGACAUGUUGGAGGAUAUCUACAAUGCUAUCAAGAAUGAUGAGAUCGUGAUGCCAGAUGAGCAGACGGGUUUAGUGAAGGAGAACUACGUGUGGAGUGUGUUGCUGCACCGUGGCGCCACAUCUGAGGGCGUCUUCCUUCGCCUGCCCCUUGGCACCUACGACCACGACCUGUACACCAUGACCUGGGGUCCCACGAUCGCAGCCCUCUCCUACGUCUUUGACAAGAGUCUGGAUGACAACAUCAUCCAGAAGGCCAUCACUGGCUUCAGGAAAUGUGCCAAAGUAGCUGCUCACUACGGAUUUAAUGACGUCUUUGACAAUUUGAUCAUCUCGCUGUGCAAGUUUACCACCCUGAGCAGCGAGUCCGUGGAGAACCUCCCCACUGUGUUUGGCAGCAACGCAAAGGCGCAAACAGCGGCCAAGACGGUGUUUGAUCUGGCCCAUCAGCACGGCAACAUCCUGCGAGAAGGCUGGAAGAACAUCAUGGAGUCCAUGCUGCAGCUCUUCAGGGCAGAGCUCCUGCCCAAAGCCAUGCUGGAGGUGGAAGACUUUGUUGAGCCAAACGGCAAGAUUUCUCUUCAAAGAGAGGAAACCCCUUCCAAUCGCGGGGAGUCGGCAGUGUUGAGUUUCGUCAACUGGCUGACGUUGAGUGGAGCGGAGCAGUCGGGACUGAGGGGACCAUCGAUGGAAAACCAGGAAGCCAAACAGGCAGCCAUGCACUGCAUCAAGCAAUGUGACCCGGAGAAGAUGAUCACAGAGAGCAAGUUCCUCCAGCUGGAGUCACUACAGGAACUGAUGAAGGCCUUGAUAUCGGUCACUCCUGACGAGGAGACGUACGACGAAGAAGAUGCCGCCUUCUGCUUGGAGAUGUUGCUACGUAUGGUGAUGGAGAACCGCGACCGCGUAUCGUGUGUGUGGCAAAGCGUGCGUGACCACCUCUGUCACCUCUGCGUCCACGCCAACGACAGCUGCUUCCUGGUGGAGAGAGCCGUGGUGGGACUCCUUCGACUCGCCAUUCGCUUGCUACGCCGAGAAGAUAUUAGUUCCCAGGUGCUCCUCUCCCUGCGUCUCCUGCUGAUGAUGAAGCCGCAUGUUCUGUUCCGGGUCAGCAGGGAGGUGGCUUACGGUCUUCACGAGCUGCUUAAAACCAACGCAGCCAACAUCCACAGCACGGACCACUGGUACACGCUCUUCUCCCUGCUGGAAUGUGUCGGCGCCGGAGUCCAGCCUCCUGCCGCCUUUCAGUUCACCUCUGCCAGCACCGACUUGGAAACAGGUGCCCAGUCGGACAGUGAGCUGCCGUCCCACCAGCCGAAUCCGGUGAGUUUAGAUCGUGGCUACACGUCAGACUCGGAGGUCUACACAGACCACAACAAGACCAGAAUCCCUCGCUCCACAACAGACGUCGAUGUAGCAAGCAGCAGCGGCUGGCUGGUGGUUGGGAAAGAGGACCUGGAAAGCAGUAAGGGUCCGCCACUUGGCUCCAAAUGUCAAGUCAAUCACCCCCUGGUCAACCAGUACAGUUUAACGCUGGGUCAGGACCUGGGCCAACACGACACCAAGUCUCUCCUCAAGUGUGUGGAAACGCUGUCAUUCAUCGUCCGUGAUGCUGCCCACAUCACACCCGACAACUUUGAGCUGUGUGUCCGAGCCAUCAGGGUGUUUGUGGAGGCUAGUCUCAAUGGAGGUUACCGCAACCAUGAUAAGAAAAAGAGCCACAAGUAUGACUCUGCCAAGUCCCGUUUGAGGAAAAAGGCUGGAGGCAAGGAGAAGGAGGGGGGCAACGGCGCAAGACGAGGCGGAAGCCGUGCCUCCGGCCACCGUCCGUCACGUUCCCAUAGCGAUGACGAGGAGGACGAGGGUGUCCCGGCAAGUUACCACACGGUGUCAUUACAGGUUAGUCAGGAUCUCUUGGACCUGAUGCACACGUUGCACACGCGGGCUGCCAGCAUUUACAGCUCUUGGGCAAAGGAAGACCAGCAUGUGGAGGCUGCUGGGAAGAAGAUUGAAGCCGACUCGCAGACUCUGUGGACAAGCUGCUGGUGCCCCCUGCUGCAAGGCAUCGCUUGGCUGUGCUGUGACGCCAGACGUCAGGUGCGUAUGCAGGCUCUCACCUACCUCCAGAGGGCCCUGCUGGUUCACGAUCUGCAGACACUCCACGCCUCCGAGUGGGAGUCUUGCUUCAAUAAGGUUCUCUUCCCGUUGCUGACCAAGUUGCUGGACAACAUCAGUCCGGCUGACGUGGGGGGGAUGGAAGAGACCAGAAUGAGAGCCUGCACCCUCCUGUCAAAGGUUUUCCUGCAGCACCUCCUGCCGUUGUUGUCCCUGCCGACCUUUGCCGCCCUGUGGCUCACCAUUUUGGAUUUCAUGGACAAGUACAUGCAUGCCGGAUCCAGUGACUUGCUGCUGGAGGCCAUCCCAGAAUCCCUGAAGAACAUGCUGCUGGUGAUGGACACCGCGGAGAUCUUUCGUGGUGCUGAUUCCAAGACCAGAUACUCGGACUUGUGGGAAAUAACGUGGGAACGAAUCGACUGCUUCCUGCCUCACCUGAGGGAGGAACUCUUUAAACAAACUGUUUUACCAGAUCCGGUACCCAGCCCUCCGUCAGAGCCUGUGCAUCCCAAUUCGUCAUCGGGCCAGCUUCCCUCCCCACAGGCGUCUCUGGGUCCGGCCCUGCAGCAGCCAUCUUGUCCGGUGUCCGGAACUCCUGAAGCCCAAAUUCCCAGCAGGCCAGCAUCACCUCAGGAGAACCAAGCAGCCAACGGAGUAGAGCGAUCGUCUCCUGUCGCCACGGCGAUGCUUCCCAUGCCAGUGCCCCUACCAGCAUCGGAAUGCCAAGGUCCUUCGCCACUGAGCCAGUCUCCUCUCAUCAUCCAACCCCUGGCCUCGCCUCUGCAGGUGGGGGUGCCGCCCAUGUCCCUGCCAAUCAUCCUCAACCCCGCCCUCAUUGAGGCCACGUCUCCGGUACCACUGCUCCCGAGUCCUAGACCUACAAGCCCCUCUGACCAAGUCCAGUCGGACCGCCUCCUCUCUUCACCUUAGCAGCGCAUCCACUUCCACACUAAUUCAGAGUAAUCAUAUUACAUAGAGUACAUGACGUAUGAAUACACUUGAGUCUUGUCAAGCUGUUUUGUUGGCAUAUAUUCAUCUACCAUUUGGGUCAAACAUACCCCCCCCACACACACCCCCCACCACCAUCAUCAUCAUCAUCGUCCCCUUCUUCCCCCGCAUGGAGAUGUUCACCUUCCAAUCAUCAAAAACCUCAACCAACCCAAAGCAAAAUACAAAGACAUGAAUAAACGUAAACGUCCAACAUGCAGUCUAUGAAUUUAUGGAGGCCAUGGAGCGUGAAAGAAAAAAAAGUUAAAAACAUUCCAGGGAUAAAUUCGAUGAAGUGUAUAGCGUGCAUCCAAUGUUCUUUUCAUGGGUUUGAUGCCUUACCCCCCCCCAUCUUAACUUGUCUGUUUGCAAAAGCAUGCUUCCUUUCCCUUUCCUCCCAAACAUAGAAAGAAGUGGACACCUAGCAUACGUUGCUAUCAUUAGCUUCCGAGGCUUUUGGAGACGCGUUGCAUCCCAGGAACGACCGCUUGCUUGUUGGCUGCUUUUAUUUUAUUUAUUCUUACGACCAAAGUCUCCCUCACACCGCAAACCGCUUCAUUUUGCCGUGGAUGGGGAGAUGAGCGUAGCUUCAGCAGGAAGUCAGAUUUACGUCUUGUGUACAUAAUAUAGUAGAAAUGAAAGGUGUACUUUUUACAGUGUAAUAAAUAUCACCUAAAGCAGCUUUGUCUUGUCUUGUU